AUGUCUGCCACCUUCAAAUCCAUCAGAUCCCUUCAACCUCUUCUUGACCGAGUCCUCGUCCAACGAUUCAAGGCUGAGACUAAAACCGCUACUGGUCUCUUCCUCCCUUCAUCAGCCACAUCAUCACCCCUCCCUGAGGCAACAGUUAUUGCCGUAGGCCCAGGUGCACCCAACAAGGAAGGUGUAGUGAACCCAGUCAGCGUACAAGUCGGCGAUAGAGUCUUGCUACCUGGUUGGGGUGGAAGUCCUAUUAAAGUUGGAGAAGAGGAAUAUCACCUCUUCAAGGACGCUGAGAUCCUUGCCAAGAUCACUGAAUAA